UGUGGUGAAAAGCGGUGGCGGCAGCCAGGAGCCCGGCGACCCCGGCCCAAGGCAGGAGGCCGCGCCCCGGGACGGGGUGAGGGGGCUCCGCGCCAUGCCCGGCCCCGAGUCCCGUUCUUCUGGUGGGAUCUGAGCAGAUGUUGCCCUUCUCUGUUGCCAAUGUGAAGUAUUGGAAGAGUAACGCCUGAAACUGUUUGGGGCAAAGAGGACUUUUAGCAUCUCUCCUUUGAGUGAAUCCUGUGAGGGCAGAAUACAGUUCCAGGUGAUCGCACUCUACUGUUAGUAUCUAUCAUCCUGAACACACGAGGAACCAUGAAGAAAGGCCAAAAAAGAUUUUAAUAAGUGAAGACGAGCCUCAAAGUACUGUGAGUAAAGACGAGGAUUUCUCCUCCUACCCAGGGCCUGUCAUGGAUGAAGAGACUCAGCACAGCCUUGAAUGCAUCCAAGCUAAUCAGAUUUUUCCCAGGAAGCAGCUGAUCCGAGAGGAUGAGAACCUUCAGGUCCCGUUCAUUGAACUCCAUGGUGAGAGCACAGAGUAUGUAGGACGAGCAGAGGAUGCCAUCAUUGCACUUUCUAAUUACAGACUUCACAUCAAAUUCAAGGAGUCUGUUGUGAACGUUCCGUUGCAGCUUAUAGAAAGUGUUGAGUGUCGUGAUAUAUUUCAACUUCAUUUGACUUGCAAAGACUGCAAGGUUAUAAGGUGUCAGUUUUCUACUUUUGAGCAGUGUCAAGACUGGCUUAAGCGUCUGAACAAUGCCAUCCGCCCUCCUUCCAAGAUAGAAGACCUGUUCUCAUUUGCCUACCACGCCUGGUGUAUGGAGGUGUAUGCCAGUGAAAAGGAGCAGCACGGGGAUUUGUGUCGGCCAGGAGAACAUGUAACUUCAAGGUUUAAAAAUGAAGUGGAGAGGAUGGGUUUUGAUAUGAACAAUGCCUGGAGGAUUUCCAACAUCAAUGAGAAGUACAAGCUCUGUGGCAGCUACCCCCAGGAGAUUAUAGUUCCUGCCUGGAUCACGGAUAAAGAGCUGGAGAGUGUGGCAAGCUUUCGAUCUUGGAAGCGCAUCCCUGCUGUUGUGUACAGGCACCAGAGCAAUGGAGCAGUCAUUUCCCGCUGUGGACAACCUGAGGUCAGUUGGUGGGGCUGGAGGAAUGCAGACGAUGAGCACCUUGUCCAGUCUGUAGCCAAAGCCUGUGCCUCGGAUUCAAGGUCCAACAGUAACAAACUAAUGAAUGGGAAUUGUUCAAGAGAUUUCUCCAAUGGAGCAGACCUCUCUGAUGUGGAAUUUGAUUCCUCCAUCUCUAACGCCUCGGGAGCAGAGAGUUUGGCAAUACAGCCUCAGAAGCUGUUGAUCUUAGACGCACGGUCCUAUGCAGCAGCUGUGGCUAACAGAGCCAAGGGUGGAGGCUGUGAGUGCCCAGAGUAUUACCCGAACUGUGAAGUAGUGUUCAUGGGAAUGGCAAACAUCCAUUCUAUCCGGAAGAGCUUUCAGUCCCUGCGUCUGCUCUGCACACAGAUGCCAGAUCCAGGAAAUUGGCUGUCAGCUCUGGAGAGCACCAAAUGGCUGCAGCACUUAUCUGUGCUUCUGAAAUCUGCACUGCUUGUGGUCCAUGCUGUGGACCGAGACCAGCGACCUGUCUUGGUGCACUGCUCCGAUGGCUGGGACCGAACCCCCCAGAUCGUGGCUCUGGCCAAACUGCUGCUAGAUCCCUACUACAGGACCACAGAGGGUUUCCAGGUGCUGGUGGAGAUGGAGUGGCUGGAUUUCGGCCACAAGUUUGCCGAUCGCUGUGGCCAUGGUGAGAAUUCGGAUGACCUCAAUGAGCGCUGCCCGGUGUUUCUGCAGUGGCUGGACUGCGUCCAUCAGCUCCAGAGGCAGUUCCCCUGCUCUUUCGAGUUUAACGAAGCAUUCCUUGUCAAAUUGGUGCAGCACACCUACUCUUGCCUCUUUGGUACAUUCCUGUGCAACAAUGCGAAAGAAAGAGGAGAAAAACACACUCAGGAACGGACCUGUUCUGUCUGGUCUUUGCUGCGGGCAGCAAACAAAGCCUUCAAGAAUCUGCUCUACUCCUCCCAGUCAGAAUCUGUGCUGUACCCAGUGUGCCAUGUGCGUAAUUUAAUGCUCUGGAGUGCUGUUUACCUGCCCUGUUCUUCCCCCUCUACGCCUGCUGAUGACACCUGUGCCCCAUACCCUGUUCCAGGCUCUAGCCCUGAAGAUCAGCCCCUGGGCAGGUUACCAAAGACAAGAUCCUUUGACAAUCUGACGACAGCCUGUGACAGCAGCGUGCCUACGACCAACCGGCGCAGCAGCGACCCCAGCCUGAAUGAGAAGUGGCAGGAGCACCGCAGGUCCCUGGAGCUGAGCAGCCUUGGGAACCCUGGGGAUGAUCCGUUUGAUGGGGAUGGCCUGAGCAAGCAGGGCAGAGCUCUGAUGGGAGCGGAGCUCUCCGUAGCAGCUGGCGUGGCGGAGGGGCAGAUGGAGAACAUUUUGCAGGAGGCCACUAAAGAGGAGGUCGGUGUGGAGGAGCACUCGAGGGGCAGCCUAGAGACUGCAGGUAAAGGGGAUGAGAUUGCCUUGCAUGUGGAGAAGAGAACUGAAAAUCUACACGGCUAUGUCAGUGAACUGUGUGAACAGGCUGAGGACAAAGGUAUGGCAAUGAACAAUCCACGUCCGCUUGCACAAGGUGCUUGUGAGCUUAAAGGACGCCAGGAGGAGCACGCUGAUCUCAGUAACACUAUCCAGAAGUUACCUCAGGUGAAAGGACUGCAGACUGUUCCUUUGGAGAGCUUUGUAAAUAGAGACACUCAGAAGAAUGUGGAGGAAGGUGUGGGCAAGCCUGAAGGAGAGGGAGAGAGCCUGCACAGCGUAUCACAUGCCGGCCUUCUGUUCCCUCUGACGAGCCUGCAGGAGGUGAGAACAUCCAACAUCGAGAGUUCCACAGAGACCUUAACAGAGAAUGAAGCCAAGCAAGAGCUGAUUCCCAAGGAUCCGUGCCACAGAGCCCAUCUGAUGGACAACAGUGCUGACGAGCUUUCGCGACUUACUGAAAACAGGCCGGAGGGGGAGAGCGUGAUAGAGCUUCAGAAACUGGGCACAAAAGUGCACAGGACUGCUGGCAGGGGCAGCGCGCGCAUCCCGAUGCCUUCCCCUUGUGCCUUGCCUUUAGGUGAAUGUAAAGACGAGGUGGUGUGCAAUGGAGAGCUGGAGCCUGAGAACAAGGCGGCGGAGAAGCCUGCAGGGCUCGGCGUGGUGCAGAAAUACCAGGCGACAAACGGGCACUGUGUGAACGGGGAGGACGGCAGGAUGAAGAUCUCUCUGAGCCGGCAGGUCUCGGCGGCGAGCUGCGGCUCUGCGCAGUUUCACUUCAGGAACCUGCACCAGAAAUGGAUGAUGGCUCAUCUCGGGAAGCAGCAGGCGGCCGGCAGCCCAGACCAACCUGCCAGGAGCCACCUGGAUGACGACGGGAUGCCUGUGUACAGCGAUGUCAUCCAGCAGCGCCUGCGCCAGAUUGAGACUGGGCAUCAGCAGGAGGUGGAGACCUUGAAGAAGCAGCUCCAGGAGCUGAAAAGCCGGCUGGAGAGCCAGUUCCUGAACAGCUCCCUGCGUCUCAACGGCGAUUACGGGGACGAGGUGACUUCAAUACCCGACUCGGAAAGCAAUCUGGAUCAGAACUGCUUGUCUCACUGCAGCACAGAGAUUUUCUCUGAAGCCAGCUGGGAGCAGGUGGACAAACAGGACACAGAGGUGACACGAUGGCUCCCCGACCACCUGGCCGCUCACUGCUACGGCUGCGACAGCGCCUUCUGGCUCGCCAGCAGGAAGCACCACUGCAGGAAUUGCGGAAACGUGUUCUGCUCCAGCUGCUGUAACCAGAAGGUGCCGGUUCCCAGCCAGCAGCUCUUUGAGCCCAGCAGAGUCUGCAAAUCGUGCUACAGCAGCUUGCACCCGAGCAGCGCCAGCCUGGAUCUUGAACUGGACAAACCCAUCACUGCCACGUCAAACUAAAGGCCCGGCCGGGAGGCGGCGCCCCUCCGUGGCAGAGGUGUGUGAUCCUGUGACCCCAGUGGGCCGAGACCGGAAGGACGAGGGGCGAGGAGCUGCUCAGCGGGACGGAGCUCACCGUGCUGCUGCAGUGCGGGCAUCUCCUCUUCCAGCCGUUCCCUUUCCUUUCUGUCCUCUCCGUGUGUGUGCGUGUACGCGCCUGUGUGUGUGUGUAUAUAAUAAUAUAUAUGUUUGCUUGUUUGCUGGAAGGUCGUACAGGCGGGAAGGGAGCUGGCACCAGAACCAGGUCUCCCUUUUGUAUUUCACUGUCCCACUGCUGAACUGCGUUGCAGACAAUUUGGUGGAGGAAAGGAGACGAGGGGAAUCGGCGCAGGCGGUGCGCGAGGUGAAUCGCUGCAGCCCCAGCGCCGGUGCUUUCAAUCACUCCUGUUACUUCCAAACAAGAAACUGCUGUUUGGGAACUUGUUGCUGCUAGAAGAAGUGGGAAUCUCUUUCCCAAGAGAGCACUCUGCCUCUCUGUUCUUAGAGUGCGUGAAGGGGAUCGCGGGUUGUGCUGCCGCAGCCCCGUGCUGCUGGCUGGGCACAGCUGGGCAGUGCUGGCUGCAGGAGCUGCGGGUGCUGGUGAGAGGUGAGGAGGGGCUGAGGGUGGUGUCACACCGACGCCUCUAUCUGAAGGAGUGUAAUUGCAAUUCCUUAUUUAAAACCGAGUGGGGAAGGAGCAGCCCUCUGAUUUGUGUCCCUGUCCCACCGUAGGCCGCUUUGCUCGGCGCAGAGCUCCUUAUCUGCACUUUGGGGAGGGCGCUCAGAGCAGCAGCACUUCCAGCUGUGCUGCGCUGCACUGCUGCUGCAUUUGGUCCCUGAGGAACGCGCUGUGCCCAGCCUUCUGCCACGGCUGCUCCUUUUCCAGUGUGCUCCAGACAGGGAGGAGCUGCCUGAGGGUUCUAGCAGGGCUCUCGCAGUACAUCGCGAUUCCCCUCCUUCUGCCCCAGCCUGGGUUGCUUUCCGAGUCACCUCAAUCAGGUGUGGAUCUCCUCAGUGUCCGUUCUCACUGAGCGUUAGGCCCUCAGCCCCUUCUCCCUUGUGGCAGAGCAGUGUUGCUCGGUGCAGCCGGGCAGCAGGGAUGCAGCUGGCCACGUCGUGCUCUGCAGCGUUUGCCUGGCCCGGCUCGCACCUCCUGCACUGCUCUGCAGGAUAAAACAAUCCUGUUGAGUACCUGAGAGCUGAAAGAAAUAACGAACAAUCCUUGGGAAGGGAGCGCUGCCCUUCCCUGCAGCGUCACAAUCUGCUCUGCAGUGUCAGACAGAGGCCAUCUCGUGAAGUCUGGUGGGGAAAGAAGUGACACAGAGCUUCCCGUGCCGGCGUUGCUGCUCUCUGAGCUGAGGUGUGGGGGCAGAAAUGGAGGCGUGGGGGCAGAAAUGGAGGCGUGGGGGCUGUGCUGGCACAGGAAGGGGCCUGGGAGCAGCAGGAGAGAAAAGCAAAGAAAAAGCUGGGUUCUGCCAUGGCAUUUUUGUCUGUUUUCUCCUGACCUGAGGGCGCUGUGCGGGCAGAGCUGGGGCUGCUGCGGUUGGAUGUUGGAUGUGGAGCAGAGGCUGUGAGACGACAGCGACGUGCGGCGCGUCAGAAACACGCGUGGGUUCUGCAGUUGUAAGGACAGGUGCCAAGAGGUUUGAUACGGGUUUCUGGGCUCUGUGAUGUACAGUGUGAAUAAAUGCUUGCAGCUCUUAGUCUUUUUUUGAUCGACGAAGCACUUUUUUAUUAAUAUUAUUUUUUCUUUGUAUGUAAAGGAGGAAGCAGUAUCUCUCCAUAGCUGUACAUAUAACCUGUCUCUCCUGCAGAGAGUAAAGUGCUCCUAUAUUUUUCAUUUUUGUCAAAGCGAGAAGUAAAUACUUUAGAAUUGUUAAAUAUAUAAAUAAAAGUGAAUAAAGUUUA